CUUCCUUCCUGUACCCCGGUUGAGGAAGUGAAUUCGCUGACAAGGCUGGGUUCAGUGAGGGAGGCGAAACAACAUAUAUCUGGUGGGGGUAAAAACAACAGUAGCAUAGACGAACAAGUCGUGCAAGCACAAUACAACGAACGUGUAAAGCCAUCGGCGAAAACAUAUUUGCCCUCCGAGAUCGUCACCGAGCGCCGCAGACAUGAAUGACCAGCAGCUGGAUUGUGCUCUGGACCUGAUGAGGCGUCUGCCUCCCCAGCAGAUCGAGAAGAACCUCAGUGACCUCAUCGACUUGGUGCCCAGUCUAUGUGAGGACCUGCUCUCCUCUGUGGACCAGCCUCUGAAGAUCGCCCGGGACAAAGUGGUGGGGAAAGACUACCUGCUCUGUGACUACAACAGAGAUGGUGACUCCUACAGAUCCCCAUGGAGUAAUAAGUAUGAGCCUCCCAUCGACGAUGGUGCCAUGCCAUCUGCCCGCCUGCGCAAACUAGAGGUUGAGGCCAACAACGCUUUCGACCAGUACAGAGACCUGUAUUUUGAGGGCGGUGUUUCCUCUGUAUACCUGUGGGACUUGGAUCAUGGCUUUGCCGGGGUCAUCCUCAUCAAGAAGGCCGGAGACGGCUCCAAGAAGAUCAAAGGCUGCUGGGACUCCAUCCAUGUGGUGGAGGUGCAGGAGAAGUCCAGCGGACGGACCGCUCACUACAAACUCACCUCCACUGUCAUGCUGUGGCUCCAGACGACCAAGACCGGGUCCGGAACCAUGAACCUGGGUGGCAGUCUGACAAGACAGAUGGAGAAAGACGAGACAGUUGGAGAGUCCUCCCCACACAUUGCCAACAUUGGCCGUCUGGUGGAGGAUAUGGAGAAUAAGAUUCGCUCCACUCUCAAUGAGAUCUACUUUGGGAAGACCAAGGACAUCGUCAAUGGCUUGAGGAGUGUUCAGACCCUGGCUGACAAAUCGAACCAGGAGGCUCUGAAGAACAACCUGAUGUUGGCACUUAAACGCAAACAGCAAAGCUAGAGAUGCUAUUGUUAUUUUUUCUGUUUCUUUCUCUGUCUGUUCCUCUCACACCCUCCACCUCUCCCGCCAUAUUUUGUCUGUUUCUGUUUGUAUCUCUCCUUCCAUCCCUGUAUGCCUGUUUCAGUGCUGCGUCCUUGUUCAUUCGGGGAAAAACAAAAAAUGGAGAAAAAUGCUUAGCUUUUUAUUCAUUUUUUUUAUUUGCGCGCAUUGUUUUGAGGCAUCUCAUUCUCUAUGGAGCCAUUCACCUUCUCGCUCUCUCUGACUUGUGUUAUGAAUAUUAUGACGGUUAAUGGUAAUCUUAGUGUGACGGCAAUGUUUUUAUCCCUAUAGCGCGCUCACAGCUGAGUCAGUUUUGAAUGAGUGACAUCAGCUCUCCUAUCCUCUGGUUAAGGGACGGGGCUGACGGACUGUUCUGUAGAUGGGGCAGGCUGGGCAUUCAAACAUUACAUUUUUACCAACAUUUUCUUACUUGCACCCAUUAUAUCAAAGUGUCUAUGCCACCACCUUAUAUAACUGUCAAUUUUCUGAGCGAUGUAUUGGAGGGAACGGAAUGGAAGAGGGUGUCUCUCGAUAUUAUGUAUUGUAAGGAUUGGUCAACGGUUUGCUCUUUGUCCCACUCUAUCCACAUGCGUUGAGAGUCUGUGGGAGCAUGGGAUCUUGGGAUGACUAGAUGGAGAUGUAGACUGCUAAAACAUGGGGAUGGACUGUUAAAUUCACUGUGUAUACCCAUGUCAUUAACCCCCCCACCUACACUGUGUAUAACAUGACGAUUUGCAUCCCUCUGUCUCUCUCCCUCUGUCUCUUUCUCUCUUUCACCCUUGUCUAUGUUGGGGUUCACAGUUUGUCUUUUUGCGUCUUGACGGAAGCUUUUGACAGUUUCUGUUUUGGGGGAAAUCUUUUGUUGUAUUUUGUUUUAAUUUUGUAAAGCUUAUGAUUCAUAUUGUAUUAGAGCCUCCAACAACAAUAAAAACAGUAAAAAGCUA